UGAGAUUCCAAUUGCCGAUUACCUCAACCAAGCUCGAUCCAAGCUCGAGCCAAGGUCUUGUAUUUCGACUCUUGAGAAAGAACCCUGACGAUGACCAAGCCUCUGUGCCAGGGUCGUAGCUGCUGAAUGAGAAGAUGGAAGCCCCGGAGUGAUGCGGCAGUGCUUCUUGGCUCAGUCGGCACCCAGCUAGAGGCUCCACGUGUGGACCGUGCCAAGCCUGCCUUUUUCCCUCCAGACGGGGGUCGUAGGGGGUCGGAACAUGAAGCGCCCUUCACUACCUUACCGUGACAGCAUGAUCCAGACGCGCCCGUCCCAGCACCUUCACUUGGCUCCCUGUUCACAUUCAGCUGGCAGAAGAAGUUGGGCCAAUGAUCCAUCGAUUCAACUUGAAGCUUCAAGGCUGGGAGGUUGAUGAACUUGUUGGUUGAUUCUACCUUGUCGUCAUCUGUUCUUAUCCUCUCGUUAACCCCAACCAAACCUUAACCCAUCUCUCCGUCUCCCUGGCCGGCAUUGGAUGCUCUCCGAGAACAAGCAUCUUGGUUCCCGUCCCCCCCUUCCCCUCCUACAACUUGUAUUGUUUGGAUAUUCACCUAGAGCUCUUCAGGCCAGCUUGCUUGGGUGGACACACAGUUCACCAUGACUUCCCUUACACGGCGUCUGGGCUGCCUGCUCGGCGUGCUUUCCGUGGGCACUAGCCUAGUCCAUGGCCAGGCCAUAACCACAGUCAACGGCGAAGAGGUGACCAUGUUGACGGGCACAAAGGCUGAACACACGACCUCAUCGAUACCAACCAAUCUAUAUCAAACUUACACCACACGCAUUACGCUUGGGACGACUACAGACACAGCAUCAUCCAUCCUCGCUUCGGUUUCAGAAACAGGAAACGCCACCGAUACCGCGCUCUCUUCGGAAUCGGCUUCCGAGACUUCCAGCGCAACGCUGAGCUACCUGACGGGCACCAACUCGCACUCGACGUCGACCUCCAACGCGACUGCGUCGAGCACAGAAUCUGCGCAGCCUGUACCUACGAACACUCGGCCGUGCAAUAACUAUCCCGAAUUUUGCGACCGCAAGUACAGCAACAUCACCGAGGUCGGUUGCCACAACAGUCCCUUUGUCAGGGCGAAUUCCGCUGCCGCGAACCAACAGCUCGGCGUCGUCGAUCAGCUCAAUGAUGGCGUCCGUUUCCUCCAAGCCCAGAUUCAGUGGGCCAAAAACGAUACAGUGCCGCACUUCUGUCACACCACGUGCGAUCUUUUUGAUGCCGGUCCCAUCACCGAAUGGCUCACCACCGUGAAGGACUGGGUCGUGGCCCACCCCUAUGACGUCGUCACCAUUUUGCUUGGCAACGGCAACUACUCAACGCCCGACUUCUACGUUCCCCAUAUCGAGAAGACGGGCAUCCUCCGCUAUAUCUACACCCCGCCUGUUAUUCCCAUGACACUCAACGACUGGCCGACCCUGUCACACAUGAUCCUGACUGGUCAGCGCGUGGUCAUGUUUAUGGACUACAUGGCCAACCAGACAGCCUAUCCGUGGCUUCUGGACGAGUUCACCCAGAUGUGGGAGACUCCGUUCGAUCCGGUCGACCGAAACUUCCCGUGUGUCGUCCAGCGACCGCCCGACUUGCCGGCCGACCAGGCCAAGAAUAGGCUGUAUCUGAUGAACCACAAUCUGAACGGGGAGGCUAACCUGCUUGGAAAUGUCCUCAGUGUGCCGGACCUGAGUCGGAUCAACGAGACGAACAGCGCGGAGGGCUUUGGAAGUUUGGGAUUGGCAGCAAACAACUGUCGGUCGGAUUGGGGCCGCCCGCCCAACGUGCUCAACGUGGAUUACUACAAUAUGGGAGACCCUCCCGGAAGCGUGUUUGAGGCGGCGGCGAGAGCCAACAAUGUGACGUACAACAGGAAGUGCUGUGGCGUGGCGGCCAGCUCGGCUCAGAGAAUCGAGGCCAUGUUGAAGGUGCCUCUGACUCUGGGUUUGAUAUGGGCUGCUUUCUGGACACUGGUUUAAGAAUCACGUUAUAACCGACUACAUUGGUGGCUGGUUGCCUCUCUGUUUUCGAUUCAAAUCUGGCUCAUACCAGAUGUGUUUAGCAUUCGCAUGGCGUUUCGGUUCUGAUGAGGGGAGGACGGACAGAAGUCUGGAAAUAGAUUUAGUUGUUAUGAAGAUAUUGUUGAUC